GGUGGGCCGCGCGUAGUCCUGCCCCGCCAUGAAGUUGAGCAGCCGCGGCUGGGGAUGCUGCGUGGCCGGCAGCCGGGAGCGCGGGCCGCCGCCGCGGAGCCCCUUCGUGCACCAGCUGCGCCUCAGCCCCCUGGAGAAAGCCAAGAUUGCCUUCAUGACCUUGACUCUGUUUCCUAUCCGACUCUUUUUUGCUGCUUUUAUGAUGUUGCUGGCCUGGCCUUUUGCAUUCAUUGCUUCAAUGGGAUCUGACGAGCAAGAGCUUGAAAAGCCCCUCUCCUGGUGGCGAAAGAUAGUGGAUAUUUUGCUGAAAGCAAUCAUGAGAAUGAUGUGGCUUGCUGGUGGAUUCCACUGGAUAAAUGUAAAAGGCAGACGGGCGUUGCCGGCGGAAGCAGCAAUAUUAACUGUGGCUCCCCAUUCUUCCUACUUUGAUGCCAUUCCAGUAACUAUGACCUUCGCCUCCAUUGUGAUGAAAGCAGAAAGCAAAGAUAUUCCCAUUUGGGGAACUCUAAUCAAAUACAUCCGACCGGUAUUUGUAUCUCGGUCAGACCAGGAUUCUCGCAGGAAAACUGUUGAAGAGAUAAAGAGGCGUGCUCAGUCUGAUGGUAAAUGGCCACAGAUAAUGAUAUUCCCAGAGGGCACUUGCACAAACCGAUCCUGUCUAAUUACAUUCAAGCCUGGAGCAUUUAUUCCUGGAGUUCCUGUACAGCCAGUGGUUUUACGUUAUCCAAACAAACUGGAUACAAUCACAUGGACAUGGCAAGGGCCAGGAGCGUUGGAAAUUCUGUGGCUUACUUUGUGUCAGUUGCACAAUUCUGUGGAAAUUGAGUUUCUACCCGUGUAUAUUCCUUCAGAAGAAGAAAGAAAAAAUCCAGUGUUAUAUGCCAAUAACGUCAGACGUGUAAUGGCAGAGGCGUUGGGAGUUUCAGUGACAGACUAUACAUUUGAAGACUGUCAGCUAGCUUUGGCUGAAGGACAACUUCGUCUGCCUUCAGACACAUGUCUUUUAGAAUUUGCAAAGCUUGUGAGAAGCCUUGGGCUGAAGCCAGAAACACUUGAAGAUGAUCUUGAUAAAUAUGCUGCAAGUGCCAUGAAAAUGAAAAAAGAAAAGGUUGAUCUUAAAGAAUUCUCAGCAUACUUGGAAUUUCCAGUUUCUCACACAUUAGAAAGUAUGUUUGCACUUUUUGAUGAGAAUGAAGACGGCAUAAUUGACGUUCGGGAAUUUGUCAUUGCUCUGUCAGUUGUCUGUAAGCCAUCCAAAACUCUGGAAACAAUUCAGUUGGCAUUUCAGCUGUACCAGUCAGAAAAUGGAACUAUAAUAGAAGAAGAUUUAGCUCAUAUUCUGAAGACUGCCAUGGGUGUGUCACAGAUUAAUGUUACGCAUCUUUUUAGAGCUGUAGAUGAAGAAGAAAAAGGAGAGAUUACAUAUGAUGACUUCUACAGAUUUGCCGAAUUGCACCCACACUUUGCAGAAGACUUUCUCUAUGCUGAUCAGAUGGGAGCUGAGAGUGGCUUGGAGACUUCAUCUCUUUCUGCUCCUAAUGGUAUCUGUACUGACUUCAGCCCUGAAAAUGCUGAAGAUAAAAACAAGCCCCUGCAGAAGAAAUUGAAUUAACACUACAACUGUUACCUUCCUCUCCUGGUGAGAGGAUAGUCUUUUCUUGGGAUUUUCAUAAGUCGCUCCAACUAUACAGCAAAUACCAGUUUUGUGUGUGAAAGUUCUUCUACCUUAGUACUGUUCUUUGAAUCAUAUGUGCUAUAUUCAACAACAUGUUUCAGGUUACUUUGGAGAAGGUGUUUUUAUUUUUUUCAAAAAGGUCUUUGAAAGGCAAAAAUGUGAAUGUGCUCCAUUAUUAAUGUUCAUAUUUAAAAGGAAGCGGCACACUUAUUUAUAUUCCAUUGACUAGUUUCAUGUACAAAGUGUCGCACAAACUGUGCAUGUAUAAAGAAACUGUAGCUACUAUGGUGUUAAGUGCACUUUGGUGAUUAGUGUUUUCCCUAGUUAUGGGGAUGUUUAUUUGGGGCCAAACUUUGCUGUCCAUAUUUGCAUAGUCUUGUUGAUUUCAGUGGGAUUAUUCUCUUGAGCAAGCAAGGCAAGCAUAUUUUGGCCCUUUGUUUUGGUUUCAGUGAACAGUUUGGAAACAAUAAUGCAAAAACUUGCUAAGGAUUACUUUUUAUUUUUAUUGUUGAAUGACAAAAUUGUUUCUCUUUCAGUCUAUUCCAUGGUAGAAUGAAAAGGAAAGGCUCCUUAUCCCUCACCCCAACACUUUUCUACUGUAAUCUUCCAGAUGCAAUUAAACGAGAAUUUUUUCCAAACUGACAUGCCACAUACUGUUUGCAAAUGUGUGACAAAACUGUUUGUGCUUUUCUCUUAUAAUCAGUUCAAAUCAUGUCCACCCAACAUUUAAAUGGGAGACGUUUACACAAUUGUAUUUAAUCUAGAUUUAUCAGGAAUCACAGGUUUCUUUUGUAGCAAGCCUGUGUAUACAGAUAACUUAGCAUGGUACACAUUAUGAAAACUUUGUUAUAUCAGCACAAGUUUGAAAAGGUUGCAGUUACUUCAGAGGCCAAGCCAGCAACAAGUUGCAGAACAUCCUGAAGAAAUGCUAGUUAAAUCUCUAUAGCAACAUCACAUAUACUGCGUAUAACGUAUAUGAAGCUUGAAAUAGU